UAGUUCAAAAAUACAGGUAGAUUCACUAUUUAUUCCAUUUUAUUGUAAAAAUUAUAGUCUUUUUAAAAGGAAAUGUCAUCAAGAGGAGGUCCUAGAGCUUCAGGAACAGAUGGUUCAGAUUUUUCUCAUCGCGAACGCGUAGCUUCGCAUUAUAGAGAAAGCGUGAGGCAAAAGAUAAAAGUCAAAGUUUGCAUCUGGAUUCACUUAUUUUUCGUYACUUGUGUUAUAACGUGGUUUGGAUUAUCUUAUACAAGGAAUGUUCAACUUACUCCAGAACCCUGGAUCAUGGCAUGGUGUAUAAGCUUUAUCCCAGCUCUGAUUGGUUUACAGUCUCUACCAAAAAACCGGUCUAACCUGUUAUACAUGUUUGCCUUUGGAAUCAUUGUUACUGGUGUUGGUCCCUUGAUGUAUGGUUCCACCUUCGUUAUUUUAGAGGUUCUUCAAAACAUGUCUGAAGGGAUAGUACCAGCAACACAAGACUGGAGGAUCCUGCCAAUCAAGAUGGCUGUUGUUGCAUUCAUUAUCCAGCUUCAUGCGAUAACAGUGUAUUAUUCAUCUAAGCUUAUUAGUGCGUGGCGAGCAAAGGGAGAGAAGGGCUCAUAAAUCCAAUCAAAACAAUGACAAUUUCGAUUUUAAGACAGAUAUACAGAUUAAUAGUGUAAAUCAUUGCCAGAAUUUCAAGAUAUUUACACUGACUACCAUGCAACCAAUAAUUUACUUGAAUACUCCAGUUUCGAAUUCUCUUUUGUGCAAGCUUAACUUCAAUCAAGGAUACAUUUUUAUCAUCUUCUUUUAGCACAGAGUGUUUGCAUUACAAUAGAAUCUUUGAUGAAUAAAAAGAUUACAUGAUUUCAAAGUUAAUAGAGUGCACGCAAAAAAGCGUGAAAGAAUUCUUAACUAUCAACAUCUAAUAAGAUUUAGUUAUCAACUAACUAAGAAUUCACUGGGGCAUGAACACAAUGCCAGGAAGGAAACUUGUCUCUGUUUAUGCCUCACUAAAUUCUUAGUCAGUUGAUAACUAAAUCUUAUUAGGCGCUAAUUAGUUAAGAAUUGUUUCAUGCUUAUAUGUGGUGUGCACUCUUACUUACUUACUUAUCCCCAUCUUCCCUAGUGGGAAAUAGGGCCGCGACACGGUGACGCCACUCUUGGCGGUCCUUUGAAACUCUACUGCACAAAUAAGAUCUUGAAACUGGAGUAUUGAUGGACGUCUAUUGCUAUUAAAAGUGUGCAGACUUACAACAAUGUAGACUAGUAACCCAACAUGUAAAGAUAACACAAUUAAUUGAUCAGGGUUCGUGCAGGUCCUUUAAAAAUCCUUGAAAAGUACUUAAAUUGAAAACUCGUUUUCAAGGGCACUUGAAACUCCUUGAAAAUUUUGAAAUAGUCCUUGAAAACUCCUUGAAAA